UAAAAAACUUGGAAGCAAUAUAAAUGAAAUUUUGCUCAGCAAAAUUAAAAGGAGCAAAAUGAUGAGAUUUGCCCGCUUCACGUUUCUUAUAGGAAUAAUAAUAUUUCUUAAAGAACAACCUUGCUACGAAGCUAAGUCUUGUUCUCAGUACAAGUCAAGGUCAUCUAAAACAUGUUCUUACUGGUCUGGUAGGUGGGGAUGUAAGAGAAAGUAUUCCCGGUACAGAGUUUGCUGCGAUGGAUACACGGGAUCGUCAUGUUCAAUACCACGAUGCCGAAUGGGAUAUGGGAAACACAGUUGCAACGUCCGAAAUGAAGGAUACGUAAAAUAUAGAGACGGUACUGUAGUGAGAGACAGCGGAGGGGAAUGUUAUGAACCUUCAAAAUGCAGAGACUGCAAUAGAGGAUAUUAUCCUGUCUCCAAUAGUAACGGAUUUUGCAAAGCAUGUUUUCGUCCUGCAAACUGCAAUCAACCUGUAUGUACAAGAAGCGAUGAUUACAGAUGCGAAUAUUGCGUUGGAGAAUACAUAAGAGAUAAGCCGGGUUACAACAUUUAUACAGGGAACCCUGACGAUAGAAGAUGCCAAAGAGCGUGCUCUUGGCAAGAAGGAGCAAGAUGCUUCCCAGGCACAUGUUCCAACGAUACUUACAUGAUAUUGGACACGGACUGUAAAUGUGCGACUGGAUUUGGUGGUAAAGACUGCGCUACAGCCGCUGCCGAUGAAAUGCCGACGAUAAAGGAUAUGCAUUUUAAACUUCAAGAUUGCACUGAUAAGAUCUUUCUCGCCGAUAAAGCGCUUAAUGAAAGCAUAUUCUGGACUAAAAAUACCCUUUGGUCAAGGUUUUCACUUGAAGCGACUGCAAAUUAUGUGCCAAAAAUUGACAGUUUAGGAAUACCAAAUUAUAUUAUUGCCUAUGACAUCGGAAUAGAAACAAUGACACUCAAUAUGACAUUAUCAAGGGGUACUGACAUUGCUGUAUGGAAUGAAGAUGGAGGUUGUACAAACUUCGCUGAAAAUUGUGAUAAAACCUUUAGCAACGAAACAAUAGAUAGUAUAAACCAUUGGAAGAAGAUUUACAAAGGACAGUUUGAACAUGCAGAUAAAAUCAAGUUUGAAGUAUCAGCUAAAACUGGAGGUAAAGUUUUGUACGAAGAUAGGAGUACAUUCACACCAUCAAACUAUAAAGAAAAGCAGUACUUUCUCAACGGAAUUGUAAGGAUGGAAACGUUUGAAAUUGGCUUUGACGAAUACCCACCAGCGCAUUGCUUUGAAGACAGUAUCAACUGUACUGAAGAUGCACUGAUAGCAACUGACUUUCUUAUAGAGCCAAAAGUCACUGUACACUGGAACGGAUGGACCGAUGGAGAUUCCGGUAUAGAUAAAUAUGAAUUCAAUAUUUAUUAUUUACAUGCUGCAACACGAGAUGGACCUCUUACUAACAAAUACCAGUUACCAGCUGUAAUAGUUCCAUCGUCUCAUACUUCAGUGUCUCUAGACUUAAAGGAGCCAGGACCGUAUUCAGUUGAGAUUAUUGUACAUGACCGUGCAGAAAACUACAAAGUUGCAAGGAGAAUAAUACUUUUUGACAGUGCAUCUGUUGUUGAACUUAACGGAAAUAAAGCCAGUAUUGUCCAAGCUCAGGAAAACGGGUGGAUCAAUAAAUACAGCAAUUAUAUUGAAAUUUCUUGGCCUGGGCGAUUCAGAAAUGUCAGGCAUGACGUUGGCGGAUGGCUUAAUGAUGUUCAAGAAAUUAAGGAAGUCGGUAGAGAACUUGACGAUCGCGAAGGAAGGUCCAAUAGAACGGUUGAUAACAUGUUUAAUAUUGAAGGAAUUGUACGUGUUGAUAUUGCACGUAAGGUUGAGUUGAAUGGUGAUACAAAAAACUUCAACUUUGAACGCGUCAUUGAGGAAUACUUCCGUCAUGAAAAAAUGGUCUAUAAUAAUGAAGAAUUCAUAGAUGGAAAGAAGCUGACGUAUUUUAUCCGUGCAGUUGAUGCAGUAGGGGAAUACGCCGAGGACAACGUAACCGCAAUGAUAGACAUGUCUCCGCCAAUUAUAACGAAUGUGUGGCUGACGAAGGGGGAUUUGAUCAAUAUUAGUGUUCACAGCGUUCUUGAACUGAAGGAACUGACGAUUGAAUGGGAGGCUUUUGAUUAUCACAGUGGUAUACAAGAGGUGUCAUGGAAGAUAUUUGAUAAUUUUACAAAGAAUGUUGUCGUUCACGGACAGUCUCAUGAAACCCCACAAGGUGAAACUGAGACGUUAGACAAAUGCAACCAGAAUUACGGACUAUAUGCUCGAGGACCAAAUUGCUACUGUUCACCAUAUAACGGAUGUUUUCACAGACAUUUUCAAAUCAAACCACAAGUAUCAGUAUUCAACAACAGUGGCAUACACUUUGGACAGGAAGUUGGAGAACAUGAAUAUGACUACUUCAUAGAAGUUACCGUGAAAAACGGUGCCGAACUGACGUCCGUCCUACAGAAGAAGAUAACUAUUGACACGUCACCUCCUCAUGAAGGCACAGUUCACGAUGGAAUGCCUGGGGACCCAGAAGUUGACUUUCAGCAAUCUUUGCAACUGACAGGGAACUGGGAUGGAUUCUUUGAUAAGGAAAGCGGAGUGUGGUUCUACACUUAUGGCUUUAAUAACCGUUGCUUAAGCGAAUAUGAUCUAGAUAUACAUUUGAAGGUAAACUGGACAUACGAGAAAAAAGCUGAGUUUUCAGCUCCAAAAUCUGGAAAAUAUUACCUGACGAUCAUGGCAUAUAACCACGCCCUUGAUCACAGUAAGCCUGUUUGUUCUGACGGUGUUACCGUAGAUGUAGUGCCAGCAGUCAUAUCAGAAGUUGCUAUUAAAGACGCAGUUACGACUAGUGGUCUUGUAAGAAGUGAUGUUAAUGACACGGUUUACAUUCUACAUAGAUACAGAGUACUGGAGGAGGUAGAACUUCCAACAAAUGUUUGCAGAAAUCGAUCAACAACAUUAUCAGAAUCUAUCCUGCAACUUUAUCCUCAUAGGCGGCGUACUGAUGGUACAAUAAGCUAUGCGAAAUUACAUGAUGAUUGUAAUGGCUUUCAUGGCCUCCAUUCGGACCUAAUCUCAUACAUAACGUCUGAUUCUAGGGUUGAUAUAUCGUGGAACGUAACAUACAGCGCUGGUGGCGUGCAUGAUUAUGAAGUUGGAAUUGCGUCUACAAAUUCUAAGUUCCCGGAUAUUAUGGACUUUGCAUCAUCGCAUCAUCACCAGCAUAUGCGAUUGUUUCACCCAAAUAUUUUUGACGGAGAGCAAUUUUAUGUACUGAUUAAAGCUAUUACAAAAGCGUCGGUUAGUGAUAUAAAGGUUGUAGGACCAAUAGUUUACGACUCAUCAAAACCAGAUUUUACGGGGGAGAUACUUCUGUCAGUUGAGCAUACACAAAAUGAUACAUUUCUUAUCGCACAGUGGGAUGAAAAUGCAUUUACAGAUCACGGAGAUCCUAACGCUCUGUCCUAUCAAGUUGCUGUUGGUACUACAAGAAAUGGCAAGGAUUUACUCUCAUUUGACAGUUUAUCUGCUGGCGGAAGUUGUACUAUACAUAAACCUCCGUCGUGCACAGCAAUUUCCACUCAUUCAUUGCCAUGGCAUAUGCAUGGGGAACUGCAUUAUUUUGUAACAAUUAAGGUUAGAGACACCGUAGGUCUCUUUGUGACUGCCUCUUCUACAGAAUAUAGGCACUAUAUUGAGCUUGCAUCACAGGGUGUUGUUCAAGAUAUAGACGACGACUCAACAGUAAAGUUUGUUGAUAUUGAUGAUAUAGACUACCAGACAAGUACAUCAAAGUUAACAACAAGAUGGUCAGGCUUUGAGCAUCCGUAUGAAGAUAUCAUCUUCACUGUGUGCAUUUCUAACGCUUCCAGUAGUGACUACAUGACGUGUGCACAAAGUGAUGUCAACAAUAAACAUACAUUUUCUGGUCUUAAUCUGAAUCUAUAUGAGACAUAUUACCACACCGUAAUAGCAGGAACUGAGGCGGGAAACGUCACUGCAGUUUCUGAUGGUAUCACUGUAGUUGUUGAUGGUGAUGAAAUUGAUGGAAUACUAGUCUUUGAUGGGCCACCGUGUAAUGUUUCAUUAAACGAAGACCUCAACAUAGAAAACUCGUAUCACGACGAGAGCAAACGCCUAUUGUGUAGAUUAGAUGCGGAUUAUCAAGCGUCUACAAAUGUUCUUCAAGCUCACUGGACUAUUCCAGACGACAGGAGAGUUUAUCUCAAUGAUAUAUACUGGGCGAUAGAAGAACGAGCACCAGUUGCUGACAUCUGGAAGACACAUAGUGCGUAUCAGCAUUUGAGAACAACUGCAUCUUACCUGGAGGAAAGUGGUUUGUUUUUAUCUGCUGGAAGGACGUACAGAGUCUCCUUGAAGUUUUGUGCCAGACAAUUUUGCUUUAAACCCGUACACAGUAACGGUGUUACAAUUGUUCCAAAUCCUCCAACAACAGGGAGUAUGUCAGUAACAUAUACAACGAACAAAACAACGAUUGAAGUGUCUCUGGACCCUUUCAUGGAUUCAGACAUUGAAGACGUGUCUCUGUCACGUGAGGUUAUGGACCACUAUGAAUGGGCAUUUAUCGAUGAAUCUACUUUAAGUCGUCUGCUUACAAAAUGGCAGCGAAUUACACUCACUGAUGCGCUUACGGGUGUCUUGCUACAGUUUACAAUAGACCUUCCCGAAAAUAUUGCGUUUACUAAAUGUUGGAUAUUAGCAAUACGAGGAUACACAAAAGCUGGUUUAUCGUCCACGAUAUCUUCUGAAAUAAGAAAUUGCCAAGAUCUGCAACAAGUCAGACCGAAUUUUGUAAUUGAUGCAGUAGGAAAACCUCUGUCAACAGAAAACGACCAUGUAGGUACAGACAUUUUCUUGGAAGACAAUGCUAUUUGGAAGGAAUCUGAUAAGGAUUAUACUCCUUAUAGCAAUAUUCUAUCAGCAGUGUGGCCAACUUUAAGGUAUACACACUAUGCUUGGGCAGUUUUAUUGGUAACCGAAAACGAUCCAACAGUGUUUUAUGAUCGUUCUAAUAAGCUGAACUUAAGAAAUCCAUGUGAUCAUCCUGAUGCUAUUAAAUGUGGCGAAACAGCAUACGAGUACGUUAACGUGAAAUUCGGUCAAGAAGAACUUACACAUGGUAGACGUUACAUCAUUUGCAUUCACGCAAAUGCAUCAAAGCUUCAACGUGAAUUCUGGGAGCAGGAUCUAGGUGAAAUUGACGAGUGCAGUAAUGGUGUGACUGUUGACCUCACACCACCGGUGACAACUGACGUAUGGAUAGGAAAUGACAAACAGCACUUAUUUCAGACAUCUACAUCUGAGGUUACUGUGCACUGGAACUCUUUUACUGAUGUAGAGGAGGAGGGAUUUGCAACACAUAUUAGCGGGAUUACACAUUACCAAGUAGCUUUAGGAACGACAACUGGUGGUGUAGAUGUGAAACCUUUUACAGAUGUUGGUCUCACAAACCACAAGACUUUCCACAACUUAAAGUUACAAAAUGGUCAUACAUACUUUGCCACUGUGCUUGCGACCGAUUUUACUGGCCAGUUCUCAAGUUCUGGAUCUGAGGGUAUCAAAGUAGAUAUAACACCCCCAACACUGACAGAAGCCUCCAUCACUCUACCAUCUAGGCACAUUUCCGACACUCAAUUUGUUGACGCGUGCUGGAGGGAUGUUUUCGUUGACAUAGAGAGCGGGGUGUCUCAUUAUAGUUGGGCAGUAGGAACACAUGCUGGUUACGAUGAUAUUUAUUUGUUUCACGAUACGGUCGAAGAAUGUACUAACACACCGGAGAAUACACCGUUAUCUUUAAGAGAAGGUCACGGUUACUUUGUGACUGUAAAGGCAUACAACAAAGCCGGAUUGUACUCAGCAACAUCAUCAUGGGCUUUUGUUGUGGAUGUUACACCGCCAGUACCUGGUAAAGUCUAUGAUGGUCAUCGAGAAAGAGAUGGCUCCUGCGUUGAUGUAGACUAUGUUGAAAGUCGCUCUUCAUUACACGCACAUUGGAAAGGCUUUCAUGACCCGCAUAGUACGGUUGUAGAAUAUUUCGUGAAUAUAGGAUCAUGUAAGAACUGUGAUGAUGUCCUGAUAAAGCAACCAGUGGGCAUAAAAACAGACAUUGAAUACACACAUCUCCAACUAUCAGAAGGACUCCAUUAUUACGUUACCGUAACCGCAUGUAACACAGCUAAUUUAUGUUCAUCUGUUACAUCCGAUGGAUUUGUUGUUGAUUCAACGCCACCCUUAAAAGGAAGAGUGAUUGACGGACUUCUGGAAACGGACGAACAGUAUCAAAGUUCACGAAACUAUCUCGGAUGUAAAUGGCACGGUUUUACAGACCCCCAGUCCGGUAUAUCUCACUACGUCUGGAGAGUAGGAACAACUAAAGGCGAUGAUAAUAUACUGCCAGCUACAGAAGUUCAUCAACAUAGAGAGGCAUUUAUUUUUGACCUUCAGUCUGAGCACGGAACAUAUCUACCAAAGGAUGUUCGUAUCUAUUGUACAGUUCGCGCAUACAACAGAGCAGGAAGAUUUGUCGAAGCGUCAUCGAACGGUUUCAUUGUUGAUGAUACAGCACCAAUAUUCGCCACCCGUUUAUCAAUGUCUUCUAUAGGAUCGAUUAAAUCUAGAACAACUGUGCUAAGAAAUACGCUUAAAGUUCACUGGGAUGUAAUAGAUGAAGAGUCUUUUAUUAAAAGUCAACACCUUUCUAUUUCGUCUCAUAUUGGAGGGGAUUUCAAUUUAUCAUCCAUUGCGGUAGAGGGUAUUGUAAGAGAUUACACAUUUACCAACUUGGAUCUUCAUGAUGGAAAUUAUUAUUGUAUCAAGCUAAUUUCCUGUAAUGGAGCCAAUCUCUGUACGAAGUCAGUACUCGAAGAUAUUUUAGUGGAUAGUUCUAGACCAACACCAGGUACAUUUGCCGUCAACACAGACCAUGCAGCGGUUUUAAAUCGCCAGCCAGAAGGCUGGAUGACAUGGACCGCGAUAUCUAUAGAUCUUUCUUGGCUUGGGUUUGAAGAUGUGCAUUCUGAAAUUCAUACGUAUACUGUUAAUAUUGGGAGUCAGUAUAUGGAUAACGAUUUAAAUGAGGUGCCAUAUACGCCGAUGACUGUAACGCACAAUAUUAAUGCUUCAUUUCACGAAGAGGGUAAAGUACAAACAUUUAGAUUUCUUACACAAAGAUUACAUGCAAAUAUGGCAGUGUACGUUAGUGUAACAGCAGAAAAUCAUGUAGGACUUUCAAGUGCAGUAGUUCACUCACAGUUUAACCUCCUCUAUGGUGGAAUAAUGGAGUUGGUACGGAGAUGCGACAGCUAUUCCUGUUUAGGUCACUGUGUAUGUGCUCCUAAUGGGAAAAUGUGUCACAGUAAUUAUUCAUGUAUUGAUAGCAGUGGUAAAGAUAAUAAUAAUACAAUAAUUGAAGUUGUUGAUUAUCUUGAUCUACAAUUUCCCGACAACUACCUUCGCCCUUCUCAUUCACCAAUUAACACUAUGCUUGGUGCAAGAUGGAACAUCAAAAUUCUAAGAGGAAAUCGUCCAAUGUGGUAUGAGUGGAGUGUAGGUGACAGUUUCUAUGACAGUCCAAUUGGUGUUUUUGAUACAAAAACAGACAAAGUGUGGCAUGAUGCUGGUCACGACAAUUCAUGUGUCUUUACUGUUGAUAGAGGCAGGAAGGUUUUGGAAGAGCACAAAACAUAUUCUGUUUUCGUCCGUGUAUGGUACAACAGUUACACGUUUGCAAUAUUUAAAAGCGUUGGAGUUACGAUCUUUCAUACACCACCCUUGUCCAUCGUCAUCAAAGGCAAGAAUGUCAAAGAAGUAGUUAAAGGAACUACUAGGGACAUUGAUUUUAUUACAAGAAACACGCAUGUAGAUGCUGACUGGUCUGGCAAGUUUGGAGGCGAGAUAUCUAGAUACCAUUUGUACAUAAGCACUCAUCCCGGGGGUCAUGAUUUGCGCACUGUGUCUAAAGACCUUCUUCCAACGGUGACUAAUGUGAAUAUAACUGGACUUCAGUAUGAGGAAAAUACCAAAUAUUACACUGUUGUUCAAGCCUUCAACUUGGCAGGACUUCACACUACUGAAGUGUCUGAUGGGUUUAUGCUAGAUUUAGAACCACCAACCCCGGGGCUUGUUAUGGACGGACUUGUGUUGCAUGAUAAGCACGCCACGGCUAACACAAGUCGUGUCCAGUCAUUUUGGUACGGCUUCUCAGACAUCGGAUCUGGCAUACAGACUUACGAAUACUGUGUUUCCUCUGGUAUGAUAGAAGGAACUUGUGACUUAAAAACUUUGUCACCAGUUGGUAUUGCUACACGUAUUGAAUUCUAUCCAAGUGUCCAACUUAAACAAGGUACAAUGGUAAGGGGAGAAGUUAGAGCCCGUGAUGUUACUGGCCACGUGUCAAGCCAAGUAUCUUCUAAUGGUGUCAUAAUUGAUACAACAGCACCAGUCCGGGCACAAAGUGUUGAAUGUCUGCCAAAUAUUUUAUUGGAUUCAUCUUUUGAAAAUAUCACAAAACUUGAAAACAAUGGUACAGUAUGUGAAAAUAUAUCGGACUCGCCAUGGAAUUUAUCAAGUGGCACCUGUGUUUCUUAUGUGAAGUUAAAAACGGCACUGCAUGAUGGGACAUUGUUGCAUAUUCAGGGAUCGAUAUCGCAAACUGUAAAUACUGAAAUACGGGGUAAAUACAGGCUGACGUUCUUUACGUCAACUAUACCGUCAAAUAAUUUACAUUUAUCUGCUGUUGAAGGUUACACACAAGUAAACGGACAAAGAUAUGUUUUCAUGUUAUACAGUAAACCAAACACAAAUACUUACGCAUGGCAAAAACAUGUUUUCUUUUUUCACUUGACUACUACUACAACCGAGGUAGAAUUAGGGACGGUAAACAUUCGUACAGCUUUUGCUAUUGAUGGCAUUCGUUUCCAGCUCUGUGAAGUUACCACAUAUGAUGAGACAGCAGGGCAUGUAAACUUUCACACCGUGUUUGUUCAUGACUGGUCGUCCGUACAUGCAGAUUGGUCCUUUAUUGAUCCUGAGACAGAUAUACUAGAGUAUAUGUGGGCUAUAGGGACCGUCCAAGGUGGAACUCAGUUACAACCGUUCGUCAGUGUUGGAAGACAAACGUUUGCCAGUAAUAACGCUCUGAGGCUCGAACACGGUACAGUGGUGUUUCUUACCGUCGUUGCUGUCAAUGCUGCAGGCUUGCGUACAGUCAGCUAUUCGGACCCUAUUUUAAUCGACCUGACACUCCCUGAAUGCAAAUAUGUCAACGACGGUCCACUUCUGGGUCAAGAUCUCGAUUUUAUAAGAGGAAAUAAACUUGACUUUCACUGGGACAUAUCUGAUCCCGAUUCUGGGCUAAAGGAAUGCUACUGGGCAUUAGGUACCUCUGAAGGCGAUGUAUCCAUACUGGACUUUGUUAGAGUGCAAUCAGUUCAAAUGAAUGCGAGUAAGCUGUUUCAAACUAUUCCCGACGGAAAGGUUUAUGUUACGGUUCGCUGUACAAAUGGUGCUGGGUCAACACAUACAUGUUCAUCUGACGGAGUAAAAAUGGUACAAAUGCCACCAUCAGUUGAUAACGUCAUAUUAGAGUUAUUACCAACCUCAGCAACUCAAUACAAGCCGCGUGGUCGCUACCACGGCAACAACACGGAAAUACGAUUCCGGUGGACUGGGUUUGAUUCUGAUGAAGGCGUUCAAAGUUAUUUGAUUGCUCUUGCUGGAGAUCAGAUUUCAGUUUCUGAAAUUGUUGAAGGGUCAUCAACGGGUUAUAGUUACGGAAGUUUCACGGACCUUAACAUAGACGAUGGAGAGUAUACUGUCUCCGUAACUGGUAUAAAUGAAGUAAAAAUGUACAGUCAGAAAAUAUCUGCUAACUUUGUGUUAGUCACACAACCACCAAGUCUCACAGGAACAUCAGUUAUAACAACUUGGACAAAACGAACUUCAACUGCGGCAGCAUCUUGGGAUAAUGUAUUUGUUUCAACUGAUCCUAUGUACUUCGAAGUGUCGGCACGCAUAGUUGAAGGCGGGGAAGGAGAUCUUGUUCAGUGGCAAGAAACAGUUGAUUCGCGAAUAGAAAUUGUGCUUGAUACAAGUGAAAUGCCUAGAGCUGGCGUUACUGUCCGUUUUAGCGUCCGGGCAAUAUCGUAUUCUGGAUGGUUUAAAAUAGCACAAAACAGUUUGUUUGUAUUACCUUAAGUUUACAUUAAACACAUAUCCAUUGCAAUAUUUUCAUUUUUCCUGCAUUAUAAAGGUGAUUUACUAGCUCUUUAACAUACCCACAGAACUAGAUUUGUUAAUGCAGUGUCACAAUUUCAACAUAAUCGAAUAUCUGGAUUUAGUUACCCUUUUAUUUCUCUUUAUUUUAGCAGUAUUAUUUUACAAUAAUCACGUUUUGCUGAUUCCAAAGGCCUAUACAUUUACGGUCAUAACAUUUGCAUGAGAACAUAACUGGGAAAUGUAUGAGUAUUAGCAUUUGUUGUCAGUAAUCCUACGUCUGAAUAUAUCUGUAUAUACGUCAUACUAACGUUUGUCAAUGGUUAAAUAAAUAAAAUGCGGUUAGCCAUUAACUUGUGCUGUUAUAUUAAAGGCGAGUUUCAAAUUAUCCUAUGGUUGAUGUUAAACAGGUGGAUUUCAUAGCUUUGUAUUUUACGCCAGUCUGAGCACAAAGUGCCAUUGUGAUCACUUACGCCACUCGUGAAAACAGAUUUGUUAUUUCUAUACCAUCAGAGCUAAAAUGAGAUUUUUUUUAAAAAAUGACUCUUCCUACACUUUGAAAUACUUUUUUUACAACUGAUUCUAGUUUUCCAUUUAUGGGUCUGCAGAAAACUUUGAUUAUCUUUUCUUCUGAAUCUCCAGGCGAGUCUUUAAAGAACUUUCUUUGACUCUACCAGAUUAUAUAUCUAUAACCACUAUUAUCCUGUUCAUUUAUUGUUGUAACUGUUGUAGAUAUUUUGUGAACAACUAGAUUUCCAGUUUAGCGCUGUUUUAAAUACUGAUCAUUAAACGGUAACUGGAGCGCGCUUUUUGUUGUUGUUGUUUCUUUUUUUGUUUUUCAUAUCUAUGCUUGGUUUUGUGCUACUGUAAAUUAAUUAGCGCUAGAUGGUAUGUUACUGCAUGUAAACUAGACUUUAUU